UCUUGUAUAAUUCAUAACAGAAAUUGAGCAGAUCGCUUCAAAUUUUCUGUGCUCACAAAUUCUAAAAAUUCGUAUAUAUUUUGUGCAUGUAGUUUAGAAAUAAUCGAAACAUGGAGAAUUCUGAGCGUAUCCUUGAAGCAUUAAAAAAAACAAAGGCAGGAACAAAUGACGAAAUAAUCCACGAAAUUGCCACUGCAGAGAAGUUGCCUACCGCCGAAGUUGUUAAGGUUCUUUUUCCCUCCAAGGUAAAUGCACCAACCGCUUUGUUGAUCCCAGAAGACAAAAUUCCUGAGGCUGGCUCCGUAGAAAAAUGUAUUACUGAAGUUGUUCAUCCCACUAUCUCAGAGCAAUGUGUUGAACUAGUCGCGGAGCUGGCUGCCCUUGAAAGUAUAUCUAUUUCUGCAGUAGUGGACGCUUUUGCUGAACUGGAUUCAACAUAUGGAGGCGAUUCUGACUCAGAAGCUGGCUCUCAUUUCUCUGCAGAAUAAUUCCUAAAACUUUCUGUUAACAUCACAAACAUUGUAGUAUCUGUGAAGACAACACUGGCCCAGAAACUGGCUCAGAACUCUCUGCGAAAGUUAGAUACCGUUUUUCCUGUAUUUUUCAAACAAUAUACCAAUUUUUAUGCUAACUGUUAGUCGAAAGAAAUAAUUUAACGAAAUAAUAAAUUAAACUUAAGUUUAAUCAAUAGAACAGCAACACAAUAACGGGUUUUUAUUGACA